AUGAUAUUGCUAUAAAAUAUAGAUAUCAGUAUGUAUGCCAAGGUGAAGCGGUGUGGCCUGAACAGAAAUCACUUGAAGACCCUAUGAUCAAACGAAAAAUUGAUGAACUAUGCCUGCCACUUAAAAGAAAACUCGAUGCUAGAGUUAGUAUAAAAUCAUUAGCUGAUAACCCUGGCUCUUUUGUUCCUCUGUUGUUUCAUAUACUGGCUGUCUUUGAAAGGGAACAUCAAUCCCAUAAAGCGUUUGACGUUAGAAGACUUCCUUUACCAAGGCUGUUCAAUGUAUUCCCUUCACCAUCAUGUCAUUGGCGAUCAGUGACAAUUUCGGUCAAUGCAUUAGCAGUAUUUCUUCCUGGUGAACCACUCCCCAGAGGGUAUAAUGAUCAGCUGCUUAGAAUCAAAUCGAUUAAAUCUUUAUUACCCACUGGAACAAAUAAGAGACUCUUUGGUAACCUAAUCAGGUCAGACGGUUUUUCUGUUGAUUUUGUUUUUAACAAACGAACAAUCACAGAAAAACGUUUAACCAAGCAAAUCAAUCAAGUUGAUCUGAUCUUGGAUGAUUUUGAGCAGCAUAAAGUUGGCAGCCACUAUUUUCCAAUAGCCGUAGAUCCAGGAAGAAAAAGGGGUUUCACUGCAUUUGCUGGUUCAAAUGGUAAUAUUAACGACUUCAGGCAACGUUCCAUCAAGGAAUAUUACCACUUGACAGGCUCUACAAAAUUCUCAGCAGAGCAAGAGAAGAAAAAGAAAGCAUGCGGUAUCAAGACGAUUGAAACAAAUAUACCCACCAAUAAGACUGCCAAUGAAUCACUGUAUAUGGAGUAUGCCAUUUAUAUGCUCGAAAACAUUGGUCGUAUUUUCAGUUUUUACAAUCAAGAAACUGCAAAAGAAGCCUUUUUCUUAUACCAGGGUCGCCAACGAGCGCCGGAGCAAAUGGUGAAAAUGUUGUUAGAUGGUACCAAGAAAUACAACAAGAAGUCAAGAGGAAACAAACGAAAAAGAGCAAAGAACAAAGGGAAGCGGAAAAAGAAGGGGGAUAAGUCUGGAAAGAAAGAUAAAGGAAAGAGAAAAAUGGCACUGAAAACAACAGAAACAAGGUAAAAAGCUACUUGGGCAUGGCUACGAUAAUUUUUUUAC